GUUCAUGCUCAAUUGCAUUUAUAAUUGAUUCAGAAACCAACUACAUCACCCGGAUCACAAUGCUUGUCUCGCAUGCAUUGCACAUGCUGAAUACAUGCUUCGAAUCAGGGACUGAAGGCAAAACUAAUUGCGGCACUCAAAAACGCUGAAAACAAUCGUCCACUUCAUCCUUACAAUCUUCAGAACGGAGUGCAUCCGACCACAGCUUUCAUCGAGUCGAGGAUGUUUCACAUCCCACAGACACACGCAACGCUGUCAUUAGAGAAACGCCGGCACGUCCUCGUAAAAGAUACUUGCACAAAUGGAUCACUGGGUCCCAAAUGGUGCCGACGUCCCUCGACACAAUGUCGCCGUCUUCUGGGAGAGCAACGUCCGCUUCCCACGUCUCAGAUCAGAGUGCAGCUCACUGCAGCUACCUUGGAACCGAGGAAGCUUCACAUCGCACAGAUACAUGCAAUAUUGUCAUUAUUGGAGACUCGGGCGCUGGUAAAAGUUCCUUGGUCAACUUGAUCACUAGAACGCAAACAGCGCGGACGUCCGAUGACACCAUGGGAUGUACAACCGAAACCACCGUAUACGAACAUGAUUUUGUGACUCAGGACAAGAUCUUAAAGUUACAAUUAUUCGACACGCCUGGUCUUCGUGCGGACUCUCUCGGAAUGCGCCCCGCUACGCGAGCUGUGAAGAACCUGAUUCGAACUCUUAUGAGGAAUGCGACUAUUCAUAUCCUCAUGUACUGUGUGCGGCGCACACGGUCCGUCCGGGCGCUCCAACGCAACUACAGGUUCUUGGAUUCUCAAGUGAAUGGAAGAGCUCCUAUCGUCCUUGUUGUUACAGGUCUGGAGGAGCGAAGUCCAGAAAUGGAAGAGUGGUGGGCGGCUGAGGAGGAAUCCCUCUCAGACCUUGGGAUGGACUUUGAUGGUCAUGCGUGUAUUACCGCUCUGACCAUUGAUGAAUGUGAUACAGUCGAGCUCAGGCAGCGCCGUAAACAGUCAUACCGCGCCGUCCGUGACCUUAUCAAGCAGCAUUGCCCACAGAAUAUGGGGGUCCCUAGGCUGACUACUCUCCCUUCUGCAAGGAAGACAAAAAACAUCGUACUCUUUGGGGAGGCCGGUGUAGGCAAAAGCUCGGUCAUUAACCUCAUGGCAGGAGAGGAGGUAGCGCGCACAUCUCUUGGCAUGCGACGCUGCACGCUACAGUGGCAAGACUAUGCCAUCGAUUUCGAUGGGGAGUCUUACAAGGUGUUCGAUACAAUCGGCAUCGAGGACUCGGGGCUUGACAUGAAAGAGUACCUCAUGGCAGUCGCAAACGCAUAUAGAUUCAUCAAGAUGUUGGAUGCAGAAGGCGGCGUUGAUCUCCUUCUGUUCUGCAUUCGCGCAGGCAGAAUCAAUGCCGCGCUUCAGAACAAUUACCGAUUCUUUCAUGAAUUCCUCUGCGAGAAGAAGGUUCCUAUUGUUCUUGUGAUCACGGGCCUCGAAAGAGAGCAUAGGAUGGAGGACUGGUGGGAGCGAGAAUGUAGAAGCUUUCAAAGACGUGGGAUCCAUGUCGCUGGAUAUGCGUGCAUCACCGCCGCUGAAGGAUUGGAAGGCACACAGAGAGCCCGCUAUGAAGAAUCGCGCGUCAAGAUCCGUCACCUCGUUAGGCGAUUCACCGCUGAUAGGCAGCAGCAAGUAUGGAUAGGAGGGGACAACCUGAUCGUGUCGUUGGUGCGUGCGCUCAAAAAUUCGCUUGUAAUGAAUCCGCGUAUCAGAAGGAUCAACCUUAUCGGUCAACUCGCGAAUCAUUGCGAUAUGUCUCUAGGAACCGCAAGACAGUUGGCUGAUAUGAUCGAGCAAGGAUAGGUCAAAGUGAAUACUUAAAUGAUGCAUUGUUGUGCGCUUCUGCUUGCAGAUCAUCAUAUGACAUAUAUGCCUAAAUGUUUCUUAUCCUCGCUCUCUUAUCGUCAAUAGGAAAAUCAAUUACUUAUGUCUAGACUCCAAUGAUCACUCU